GCGAGACUGCUGCACGAUGCUUCGGCCCUGCGCGGAGCCAGAGCCCAAGGCGGCCGCCAGACCCCGACCCCAGGUGAAUGAAUCUAAAGAAAAUGAGAACGAUGCUCAGGAAUCUCUGAGACCUAUACAGACUACGUUUUUAGGGAAAAUAGCUAGGGUUUAUCUUACGCCCUUUUCACUCAGUAAUUGCACGUCGGAGCAAUUGAAGUGCUCCCUAUCUCAAUUAGAAGAGAAGUCUAACAAUGAAGUGUUGUGUAAGAAGAUGAAGUUGAAGAAAACCCCAGAGGUGAAGAUGAAGGCCACACCUUCCAAGUCAGAGUCCACCCUGCUAAGGUCUUCCUCAAAGGAUCACAGCACAGGUCACAAGCUAGGGCAGAAGAGCAGUGCAGAAGCCUCAGUUCUCAGUGUUGACAUGGAAAGCAGUGAUGAUGAUGAUGUCCAUGGUGAUAAUUCAGACCUGGAUGAUUUUUCAGGAUUGUCACCAUAUGAGAGGAAGAGAUUGAAGAACAUAUCAGAAAAUGCAAACUUUUUUGCUUCCCUUCAAUUGUCUGAGUCAGCUGCAAGGCUUCGUGAAAUGAUUAAGAGAAAGUCUCCUAAAUGCAAGAGGAAAAAACCUAAGAAGAGAGAAGAUGAGAUUGGAUGUAGAAGGUCAAUGAGAUUGCUAAAAGUAGAACCUUCAGAAAUUUCAUUUUUACCACCUCCAGUAAAGACAACAGUAGUAAAAGAAGAAGAAGAAGAUCCUUUGUUACCUCCUGGACCUUUAGAUAUGAUUCCUGAAAAUGAAGAUGACAAUCAACUAUUUAAAGGAUUGCUGCAGACCUGGGCAGAAAUGAGCAAGACAUGUAGUAAGAGCUAUCAGAAGGGCUUAUCUAGCAUUAAAAGCUACAAAGCCAAUUUAAACAGCAUGGUCAUCAGAGAAGAUACAGUUCGUAAACUUGUUGAUGGGUCGAUAUCCUCUGUGGCCGUACACCCAUCAGAAACAAGAAUUUUAGUAGCAGCUGGGGCCAGAACUGGGCAGAUUGGAAUUUGGGAUUUGACCCAGCGAUGUGAAGAAGGUGGGAUGUUCCGUUUUUAUCCCCACAGUCGGCACGUUGGCUGCAUGUACUUCUCACCCGCCAAUCCAGCCCACAUCCUGUCCCUGAGCUAUGACGGCACUUUGCGAUGUGGGGAUUUUUCCAGUGCUGUUUUCGAAGAGGUGUAUAGAAAUGAAAGAAGUGGCCUUUCCUCCUUUGACUUCUUUACAGAAGACGCUUCCACUUUAUUAGUAGGACACUGGAGUGGACACAUAUCACUAGUGGAUAGACGGACACCUGGAAUGUCUGAUGAAAAACUUAGCUCUUCCAUGGAACAAAUAAGAACUGUUCAUGUCCACCCAGUGCACCGACAGUAUUUCAUGACGGCGGGAUUGAGGGACAUUCACAUUUACGAUGCCAGGUGCCUGAAUUCCAGGAGACGCCAGCCUUUGUUUGCUUUGACUGGACACACCAAGAGCAUCAGUUCUGCCUAUUUUUCACCUGUUACCGGUAACAGAGUGGUAACUACAGGUCUCGACUGUAAGCUGAGCGUGUUUGACAGCAGCUGCAUCUCCUCCCAGAUUCCUCUCCUCACCACCAUCAGACACAACACCAUCACUGGACGAUGGCUGACAAGAUUCCAAGCCAAGUGGGACCCUAAACAAGAAGGCUGUUUCAUGGUUGGCAGCAUGGCCCAUCCACGUCAGGUCAACAUCUUCCAUGAGACCGGGAAGAUGGUGCAUUCCUUCCUUGGAGAAGGCCUUGCCUCUGUGUGUUCCAUCAAUGCCAUGCACCCUACUCGGUACAUUCUGGCUGGAGGUAACUCCAGUGGGAAGUUACAUGUGUUUAUGGAUUAGGAAAGCUGCCGAGUUCCUGGGGUAGGUACAUCUAUUUGCCCACCUUGAUCUCUGUCUAGGAAGAAUGUAGUGAUUCAUGUGGCAGUGUGUUUCCUUUGUACUAUGUUAUAUUUAGCAAAUAUAAAAUGGCUUCAUUAAGGACUACCAGCAGAGUAUACUUUAGUAAUGGAGAUAACUUGGAGUUUCUACAGAAAGAGCUAAGAAGCUUUCAGCACUUUUAAUUGGGUAGUAUGUUGAGAAAUUCUAAUGUGACAGACUUCAAAGCUUUGAAUAAUGACUGUUAGCGACAGUGACAGAUUUGUGGUUUAUUUUAUAGUUUGGAGGGGUCCUGAAAGGUUAUUUAACUCAGUGAUUUUAGAAGUUAGGCUUUUCUUUGAAUUCAAGGCCUGUUGGCACCUGUUGUUGGAUAAGUACUACUGCGCUCCAUCUCCAGCUCUCAAACUUCAUGCUUCUCGGGUUGUUUCGGUUGAGACAAGCUCUCACGAUGUAGCCCCGGCUUUUGGCUCUCAGUCCUGCCUUGCCUGCCUCUGCCUUCUGCUGCUCGCAUGUGGGGGCAGGUGCUGCUACCUCCUGCUGGAACUUGUGUUUUUAACUGAUUCCUUUCCUGCCUCUUAAAUAUGAUACGGAAUUCCGACAAGCUUAGCGCACCAGCAGCAGGGCCUGGGGUUCUGUGUGGAGCGUUCCUUUCUUCCCCUACUGGUUGGGUCAUGAGAUACAGCCAGGGCCUUAAGCCAUAGGUACAUUUGUGGCCUGAUCACAGAUUCUCGUGUAAGAUUACCCUCAGACCAGAGGUGGUAGCUCUCCAAGUGGAGUCGGUUUAAUGGUCAGAAUUAGUGUUUUAAUUUAAAAACAAAACCAGAAAGCAUAAUUCCAAUCAAUACAAUUCUGUAACAGUUUCAUGUGCACAUGUAGGUAUGUAUUUAUGUAUUCUGGUGAAAAAAGUAUAUAUAUUUUUUCAUUAGAUCUGAAAGCUUCAGCCAGCCCCCUUGACCCCUCUGGACUGUUCUGUCUUUAAACUUAUCAUAGGGGAUCCAGCUACUCAUAUUUUGGGAAUUUGUAAAAUACUGUAACUUUUUCAUCUUUUUUUUUUUUUUUUUUGGUCAGUCGUGGGGCUUGAA